AUGAUUGAAGAUCUUUUUGUAGGGACGACACUCAGUCGGGUCUCGGUGUGGAUUCUAGGACUAUUCGUUGCAUUCUGCGUCUUCCGCAAGUUCCAAGCUUCAGCACAAAUCGCCCGGCUCGGCGUUAGAGCUCCCAAAAUCAAAUUCUGUCUGCCAUACGCUCUCGAUUUCAUAUUCCAAAGCUACAAAGCCAAUCGAGUGAACCGCGACUUAGAAUUCUGGGAUACACAAAUCGGGCAAGCAGGCGGCCUAACAAAUUUGAAAACGGCCGAACUCGAUGCUGGCAUUUCCACCCGCAUGGUCCUCACCAAGGACCCAGAGAAUAUCAAGGCGCUCCUCACCGGCCAGUUCGCUGACUACGGAAAGGGUGAAUCCUUCCACCAGGAGUGGAAGGAAUUCCUAGGCGACAGCAUCUUUGCCACGGACGGAGAACUAUGGACUCGUUCCCGCCAGCUCAUCCGUCCCAUGUUCGUGCGUGACCGCAUCGUCGACACAGAAAUAUUUGAGAAGCAUGUUCAGAAACUCAUCCCGCUUCUUGGCGGCAGCGAUUCACCCAGCAGCAGCAAAGUAGUGGACAUUGGGUCACUCUUUUUCCGGUAUACUCUCGACGCAGCAACAGAUUACCUACUCGGCAAGGGCACCGACAGUCUAGAUAACCCGGCUACACGGUUCGCCGAAGCAUUCAGAUAUGUGCAACAGCGCCAAGCGGCGUUUUUCCGUUCCGGAGUCUUUAGCUACGCCAUGUCACGCACUGAAUUCCGCAAGAACCUCAAGAUAAUGGACGAGUUCAUCCAGCCAUACAUCCAAGCCGUCCUCGCCCGCUCAGCCAGUGAACCUAACGAGAAGGUGUCAAAGAGCGAGACCUUCCUCGACGCCCUAGCCAGCUUCACCCGCGAUCCCCGCGUCCUCCGGGACCAACUCGUCGCGGUUCUCCUCGCAGGUCGCGACACAACAGCCGCCACACUAUCCUUCUGCCUCUUCGAGCUAUCGCGCAACCCAGAUGUCGUCGCCAAGCUGCGCGACGAGAUCCGCGAUAGACUCGGCGUCGGCGCCAACGCCCAGAAACCCAGCUACACCGAUCUCAAGGAAAUGAAGUACCUCAACGCAGUACUGCACGAGACGAUGCGUUUAUACCCGGUCGUGCCAUUCAACGUGCGUUACUCUCUACGCGAUACGACGCUCCCACGGGGUGGUGGGCCAGAUGGCCAAGCACCUGUGGGCGUACGCGCAAACUCGCGGGUUAUCUACUCGACGAUGUUGAUGCAGCGGGAUCCUGAUCUGUAUGACGGACCAGAAUCGGAGAACUACUUGGAUCCUGGGAAGUUCAUUCCUGAGCGGUGGAUUUCCGGCUGGCAGCCUAAGCCGUGGCAUUUUAUCCCGUUCAAUGGUGGACCACGGAUUUGUAUUGGGCAGCAAUUUGCUACUAUUGAGAUGGGGUACACUGUCAUUCGGAUUUUGCAGGCUUAUGAGCGCAUUAUUGCGCUGCCGCUUGGUGGUAAAGAUAAAGUUGAAGAUCCGGUGCUUCAGUUUGAAGUUACGCUCAGUCCUGGCUCUGAGUUGAAUUGCGUUUUCCUCAAGGAGGGUGAAGAGGCUGCGCGGAGUGCGGCUCAGUUGAGUGCUGCUUAA